UGUGUGUGUGUGUGUGUGUGUGUGUGUGUGUGGCACAACUCCGCUUCACUAUGCGAUUGAAUAUGAGAAAAUGGAAAUUGCUGAAUUACUUUUAAAUCAUGGAGCUAACGUUAAUGCCAGUGAUAAGUCAGGUGUUACACCACUGUGUCUUGCUGCUGAACUAGAAAAUGUAGAAGUUGUUGCAAUGUUGUUAGACAGAGGUGCUAACAUUAAUGCUAUAUCAUAUAUGGAUUAUAAUGACUUUUCUAGUUGCAUCGUUUGUGAAGAAAUUGCUGAUUUUCUUAAACAACAUAUAGUUAAGAUAAAAGCUGCAAAUUUAUCCGUAAGUGAACAAUUAUUAUCAAUGAGCAGCAAUUUUGAAAUAAGGGAUUUACAGGAUGAAUGUGAAAAAGAAGUAGCAAUCAUGAAGAAUGAGAAAAUUAGUAAUACUAACAUAUCAUUUUACGAUAUCUUGAUAAAAGAUACAAAUCGAGUAGCAAUAUACAUGAGAAAUGAAAAUGUAGUGCAGGUUUUAAGAUCAGACGAGUAUAAAACAAAAUUUCCAAUAUACUCUAGCAUGAUAAAAAAUCAGUUCAGAAAAGGUAUGAAAAAGAAAGAGUUGCUUGAACAAGGCACUAAAAUUUUCUAUUUUUUCUGUAACUUUCCUGAGCUACCACUUGGGUGUAUUGAACAAAUAUUUAGUUACCUAAGUGAUAAUGACAUAAGAAUUUUAAUAGAUACUUGUAAGUCUGUUAGUGUCAGUAAUCUUAAUACUGAUGUUAAUGAUGAUAAAUUAUAUUUCAAAUACAUCCAAAGUGCUAUGUGUGUAAGGAAAAGGAAGAACAAAUUAUUUUAAACAUGAAUUAACAGCUAUAAAAUCUUAAAGAUUAUAUUGCCGUAUU